CAAAGAAACUCUGUAGUAACUUCCUACCGCUAUUUAGAACAUGGUAUGAUGAGUGAACUUUCGGAUCAGAAAACAAUGUUGCCCAUCGAAUUAAAGCCGAAUGCAGUAAAAAGCAUGACGACUCUUCAGCCGACGUGUUUGACCGGGAUCCGACUGCGGUGCCUGUUCCUGGUGGCCGUGGUGUUCGGCGUCACCUGCAUGACCAUGUCGCUCUACCGCGAGCCAGAGUUCGUGGCGCUCGACGGCGAGAUGCUGCGCCCCGCGCACUACUACCGCCUCCACGACGACACCCGCUUCACCAUCAACACCAACGGCUGCACCAUCCCCGCUCUGCGCCCCUUCGACGACAGCAUCAAGAAAUUUAUCGAACCCCCGAGGCGCUUAAAAAAAUGUCUACAUAUGCACACUUCCCUCCUUUCCAACAACUCUACACAUAUAUGGAUCAACAAUAAAAACUUCGACCACUACAACUUGUCCAAGGACUUCAAUAUCUCGUGCUGCUACAAGGCCUUCUACCGACCCAACGCGAUCGCGGACAUCACGUCGUUCCACGUCGACGACCGCGUCAAGUACCACGAGUGUAUCGAGUUCUUUGACGUCAUAGAAGCGCUCGAUGAAUUCGUUAGAGUGUCCUGUUACGACAACACGGGUGAAAAGGAUUCACUUAUAUUUGAGGAUUUUUUCAUAUUUACUCCAAAGAAAGUCCUGACUGCGGAUAAUUCAAACAGCGCUCAGAUUACGCAAAAUCAGUCAGCAUAUAACGUGAUUAUUUUGGGCAUAGAUUCUGUAUCGAGAUUGAAUUUUUACAGAACGAUGCCGAGGACAUUGGAAUUCCUUAGGAAUAAAGGAGCAAUUGAAUUAUUUGGCUAUAAUAAGAUCGGUGAUAAUACUUUUCCGAACCUCGCCGCGAUGCUACUGGGAGUCAAAGACACGGAGUUAAAGCGGAUGUGUUGGCCGAGUCCGAGGCAUACUUUCGACAACUGUCCAUUUGUGUGGGACUGGUACAAGGAGCAGGGGUUCUACACGGCCUUCGGCGAGGACAGCGCCUACCUCGGCACCUUCAACUUCGUGCGGCACGGGUUCGCCGCCACGCCCACCGACUACUACCUGCACACCUUCAUACGCGAGGCCGAGUUGCACGUGGGCAACGUCAAAGAUUUCAACUCCUUCAUAUGCAUGGGAAACAAGUAUGCAUAUAAAGUUUUAUUAGAUUAUGUUGAAAGCCUAACCAGAACUCUACAGUCUUCCAAAUUGUUUGGAUUUUUUGGGAAGUGACCAUGACACGAUUUUUUAAACAACCCGAAGUCUAUGGAUAUUAACUACGAAAACUUUUUAAAGAAACUCGACGAGUCUAGAUAUUUAGAUGAUACUAUUAUUAUCAUGUUAAGCGACCACGGUAUAAGAUGGGGUAAUUUCAGGUUAACUAAACAAGGCCGACUAGAAGAACGUUUGCCUUUCGCGCAUAUCUUACUGCCUCCGUCGUUUCAAAAUAAUUUUAGUUUGGCAUAUCAUAAUGUUAAAUUUAAUAGCAAGCAUCUGACAACACCAUUUGAUAUGUUUGCGACGAUAUCGGACUUAGCAAACCUAGACUCUAUUAAAAACGAAAAAAUUAAAGCUAGACAGAAACAGAAUUAUGCCGAUAACCGAAGUAUAAGCCUAUUUCUGCCUAUACCAGAAAAUCGGACGUGCAAGACGGCCGGAAUAGAUGACCAUUGGUGUACGUGUCACAAAGACCGGUCGCUGUCUGUAGAGAGCGACGAAGCGAAGGAAGCGGCACAGUUUGUAGUGGCGCAUAUGAACGAAUUGCUAGUCGGACAUCGGGAGUGCGCGCGACUGUCGGUGGCUAACAUAGUGGAGGUGCGAGAGAUGGAGGCAGGCACGCCGGCGGUGGACGAGGAGGGGUGGCGCGAGCUGCUGGUGCUGGUGCGCGCGGCGCCGGGCGGCGGCGUGUUCGAGGCCACGCUGCGGCGCGCCACCGCCGCCGCCGAGGACACCGCCGCGCCCGCCGCCGCCGCCGCCGCCGACUGGACGCUCGCCGGCUCCGUGAGCAGGCUCAACCUCUACGGCGACCAAAGUCGCUGCGUUAACAGUUACAUCUUAAAACUAUAUUGUGUUUGCUUGACUGAAACUGUUACGUUUUAGCAGAAAAUGUAAGUGCUGUGAUAUUAUUAGUACUAGUAUGCUACAUAUGUUCCAUAUAACAUUGGAAAAAUAAUUUCCAGAACAUCAUAUAAAUGCUACAUGACACCUACAUAGGUAGUUAGGUACCUAUUUUUAUACUAAGAUAUUUUUUUAAUAAGCGAUCUUAAUGUUGACCUUUAAAAUUAGACUUAUCCUCUACAAUUAAACUAAUCCUUAUCCGUAAUUUAUGUUUUUAGGCCCACUUGCACCAACCACUUAACUGAAGGUUAGUGAGCUGCUAUGGUGGGCUGUCAUCUGUCAAAUUCCAUAUAAAAUAGUGGGUUAACCC